CCCGCCGCCGCCGUCUCCCUCUCCUCCGGUUUGCACGGGCAGCCUCCCUCGUCCACCAUGCCGAAGCAGAUCCACGAGAUCAAGGACUUCCUGCUGACGGCGCGCCGGAAGGACGCGCGGUCGGUGCGGAUCAAGAGGACCAAGGACGCCGUCAAGUUCAAGGUGCGCUGCUCCAGGUACCUGUACACCCUCUGCGUCUUCGACGCCGACAAGGCCAACAAGCUCAAGCAGUCCCUCCCACCAGGUUUGAGCGUCCAGGAGGUGUAAGCAUCAAGCCUCGCAAUGCCUUCUCUAGUAGCUUGAAUGUUUGAUCCAUCUUGCUUUAGUAUCUCUAUUAGCAGGCUACUUGUUACCCCUAUGUGAGUUUUCAUGUUUGAGACCUAAAUGUAAUGUUGGGAGCCAUGUGGUUGGACCUGUGAGGAUUUUGUAUUAUUUUGCUUGCUGGAGGAUGGAGAUUAGCUAUCUUAUCUUAAA